GGAAUCAUUUCGAUAUCCUUCGCACUUGAGAGUCCGACUUCGGAGGAGAAACUACGGGCAGAGUCAGUCGGGGCAAAGAAGAAAUGCGUCGUCUCGUUCUUAGCAACCCUUUCGUGGCGGUUGUCGCACCGAUCCUUCUCGGUGUGCUGGCGCACAAGGUUCUGAGUAAGAGGAGAGCAAGUGCGCUAAGAGACGCGGAUGAUCAGCAUCCUGGUACGCCUAGUCCUCCGAUCCAGCCGAGUGAAAAUGACUACGACGUGUUCUUAAACUUUCGAGGCAGAGAUACUAGAGAGCGCUUUGUCGACCACCUCUACUGUGGCCUCGUCAAUGCCGGGAUCUGUGUCUUCAGGGACGAUGCUGAGCUCCUCAAAGGCGAGGAUUUGAGCUCAAAUCUUCAGGAAGCCCUUGAGAACAGUAAGAUUUUCAUCCCGAUUAUCUCUGAGAAUUAUGCUUCUAGUAAAUGGUGCCUUGAUGAACUGGUUCGCAUGAUGGAGUGCCAAAAACACUUGGGGCGGUUAGUGUUGUCCAUAUUCUACAAAGUGGAACCUGCAGAUGUGCGAUAUCAAACGGGUCAUUUUGGACAGGCAUUUCAUCGUUCUCAUGGGUGUUUAGCCCAAAAGGUGGUUGUGCACAAAUGGAAGCAAGCUCUUGGAGAAGUCAGUUCCUUAUGAGGAUGGGAAGUUGCUAAUGGGAGUGAAGGAGAAUUGGUAGAAUUGGUUGUGCACAAAGUUUUGAAAGAGUUGAAGAAAGCGGUGGAGUUCGUUGUUAGUGAUUAUCUGGUUGGCAUUGACAGUUCUGUGGAGGAGGUUAUGGAAUUGGUAAAUAAGAAUGCCAGUGCUACCUUGCGUGUGGGAAUUUAUGGAAUUGGGGGAAUUGGUAAGAUGACUCUUGCCAAAAUCAUAUACAACAAGUUGUCCAAUCAAUUUGUGCAUCGUAGCUUCAUUGCAGACAUCAGGGAAUCAUGUAAUUGUAAUGGUAUUAAUUACUUGCAAAAUCAAUUAAUCUUUGAUAUGCAGAAAGAGAAAAUUCAAUUUUGUAAUAGCGACGAAGGAAUCAAGUACAUAUCAUCUAGGUUAAAAGAUAAGAAAGUUCUCAUUAUUCUUGAUGAUGUGGAUACUGCUAAUCAGUUAGAGGCUUUGGUUGGAAAUCCUGUUUGGUUUGCGUCAGGAAGUAGGAUUUUUGUUACCGCUAGAAAUGAGAGUGUUCUUGAUAGGACCGGAGUGGACAUCAAGUACGAGCAUAAGCAAAUGGAUGAGGAGCAAUCUCUUAUCCUAUUUUCUAGACAUGCAUUUCAAAGAGACUAUCCUCCAAGUGAAAUUUUAGCUCUCUCUCGUUGUGUGUUAUCUACAACGGGGGGAAUUCCCUUGGCUAUUGAGGUUGCAGGUUCAUUUUUGCGUGAUAAACCAUCACCAAUUUGGGAAGAAACAAUACAGAAGAUGCAAAAUAUACCUUCCAUGGACAGUGCAAGCAAGGUCGAGGAUAAUUGAUGUAGAAGUGAAGGAGGAUCGAAGAAAUGUGGAAGAUGCGAAUCUUGCCACGUAUGGUCCUUCCAUACUGCCAAGUGAAAAUGAUUAUGAAGUGUUCUUGAGUUUUAGAGGUGUAGAUACUCGAAGAGAUUUCACUGACUAUCUCUACAAUAGCCUCAUCGAUGCUGGAAUCCGUGUCUUGAGGGAUGAUGAUGAGCUCCCCGUAGGUGAGAGAUUGAGCGAAGAACUUAUGCAAGUCAUUAGGAACAUCAACAUUUUGAUCCCAAUUAUCUCUGUAAAUUAUGCUUCUAGCAAAUGGUGUCUUGAUGAACUGCAGGAAAUGCUUAGGGCACCUAGUGUUCCCUAUAUUUUACCAAGUGGAACCUGCGGAUGUCCAAGGUCAAAAGGGUCGUUUUGGAGAAGCAUUUCAUUAUUCCGGAAGGUGUUUCGAUCCAGAGUCUACGGAGGAAUGGAAGCAAGCGCUGAUAGAAGUCAGCUCCUUACGAGGAUGGCAGUUUGCUAAUGGGUCUAUAGGAGAAUUGGUAAGAUCAGUUGUGCAAUAUGUUUUGAACGAGUUGAAGAAAGUGGUGGAGUUGGAAUUUUUCUAAGAAUUUGGUUGGAAUUGAUAGUCAUGUGGAGGAGGUUAUGAAAUUAAUAAAUAAUAGUUCUGGUGCUACCUUAUGUGUGGGAAUUUAUGGAAUGGGGGCAUCGGUAAGAUGACUCUUGUUAAAGUCAUCUACAACAAGCUAUUGAAUCAAUUUGAGCAUUGUAGCUUCGUUGUAGACAUCCAUGCAUCAUGCAAUCGCAAUGGUAUUAGUUACUUGCAGAAUCAAUUAAUCCGUGAUAUAUUGCGAAGAAAUAUUCUAUUGCAUAACACAGAUCACAGAAUCCGCAUCAUCUCAUCUGAGCUUAAAGAUAAGAAAGUCCUCAUUAUUUUAGAUGAUGUGGAUACUGCUGAUCAAUUAGUGCCUUUGACUGGAAAUCCUAACUGGUUUGCAUUAGGAAGUAGGAUCUUUGUUACCACUAGAGAUAAGAGUGUUCUUAAUAGGGCUAGAGUGGACAUCAAGUAUGAGCUUAAGGAAAUGGAGAAAGAGAAAUCUCUAAUCCUAUUUUCUAGACAUGCAUUUCGAAGUGACUCUCCUCCUAGAGAGUUUUCAGCUCUCACUCGUCUUGUGGUAUCUAUAAUGGGAGGGCUUCCCUUAACUCUCAAGGUUAUAGGUUCAUUUUUGUACGGAAAACCACCAAAAAUAUGGCAAGAAACGAUAGAUAAGAUGCAAGAAAUGCCUCAAAAGGAAGUGCUAGAAAAGUUGAUGAUAAGUUAUGAAGGAUUGGAGGAGGAUCAAAGGCAAAUGUUCCUGGAUAUUGCUUGUUUUCUAAUUGGGAGUGAUGCAAGAGUUGCGUACCACAUGUGGGAUGCUUGUGGCUUUUCUGUGGAGGAAGGAAUUGGAGUACUGAGAUUUCUGUCGUUCAUAAGUAUUGGGAAUAAUCAUGAGCUCAUAAUGCAUGAUCAAAUGAGAAUUCUUGGUAGGGAAAUUGUGCGUGCAGAAAACUACCACAAACCUCAUGAAUGUAGUAGAUUGUGGGAUUACGAGGAAGCCUUGGAAGUGCUAGAGAGCAAAAAGGGAACUAGAAGGAUUCAAGCCAUUUGUCUAGAGGAAGGCAACUCUAAUUUUAUAUAUGAUCAAGGGAGCUGCACAUUUACGGAUGAACUAUUUAGAAACUUAUCGAACUUGAGGUUUCUUCACGGGAAUUAGUCAUACUCGAUUUGCCAGGAAGCCCGAUUUCAGAUGUCUGGUAGGGAUGGCAUUCAAUGAUGAUGGCAGAAAAGUUGAAAGUUCUCAACCUCACAAGUUGCCAUUCCUUAAAAAGGACUCCUUACCUCUCGUCUUUUAAAAGAUUGGAGAUUUUGAUCCUCAGAGAUUGUAGCAACUUAGAGCAAAUUGAUAAUUGUAUUGGAGACAUGGAUAAUCUCGUUUCCCUGGACUUGAGUGGAUGUUCUGGUCUUAAGGAGCUCCCGCUUCAAAUGGCUAAACUAGAACAAUUGAAGGAACUUCUUCUAGAUGAAAUAGCAAUGCAAGAAAUACCUUCCUUCAUCGGUUAUCUAAAGAAGCUAGAGACACUUAGUGCCAGGGACUGCAAAUCAUUGAUUGGAUUUCCGGACUCAAUAGGCAAUUUGGUGAAUUUGUCGACCCUUGUCUUAUCAGGUUGUGUUGAGCUUGCAACACUUCCACACAGCAUUGGGUCCCUUGAGAAUUUGCGGUGCUUGUCAUUGGGAAGCUGCCAACAAUUGAGAGAGAUUCCUAGCUGGAUUGGCAAUUUGAAAUUGUUGACUCAACUGGACUUGAGUGGAUGUUCACUUAUUCAACAACUACCGCCUCAAAUUGGUGAACUAAAACAACUGGAGGAACUUCUUCUAGAUGAAACUACGAUACAAGAAAUUCCUUCCUUCAUUAGUUCUCUAGAGAAGCUAGAGAUGCGGAGUGCCAAUAAUCGCAAAUUAACUCUUUAAGCUGUUUAGUGAAUUUAUCGACCCUUAUCUUAUCAAGUUGUGUUGAGUUUCCAGAUUUCUUGGCAGCAUCGGGUUUCUUGUGAAUUGCUUAUCAUUGGGAUGCUGUGAUGGGUUGAGAGAGAUCCCCACUCAAUUGGGAAGUUGGAAUUGUUGACUCGGCUAGACUUAUCACGGACAAGGAUCAUGGAAUUGCUUGAAGGGAGUUCUAGAUAUCUGUAACAAUAGCAUAGAAAAGCUACCAUAUGGUAUUGGAAGGUUGAAAGAGCUCUAAGAGUUAUAUGCAUGAUAAUGCUCGAAUUUGGGAGGGGAAUACCAAGCAUCCGUAAUCUUUCUUCUUUUAAGUUGAGUGCAUUUUGAUUUAAUGCCCAAUAAUCUAGAAUUUGUGUGGAUUUUUAUUCAAAUGAGUAGUUUGUGAUUUAGGUUGUUUUCAUGAUGGAGCAGAAGCUGCAGUAUCA